AACCAAAACAAAAAUAUUCUAAAUAAUAAAAUUGAAUUCUAAUUUUAAAAGUUUAAAAUAAUGAUCAAUCUUUUUGUUAUACUUGUGAAACCCGUGAAACCUCUGCAUGAGAUCAGUUUUAAAUGUUUUGAGUGAUCGGUUUUCUGAGUAAAGCAAGAUGUGCAGAUUUUUGCCACUUAGGGUAGCUGUCAAAGAUUCCUUAGUUUUAAUUCUUUUAGUUAUUUUCAAUACAAUUCAUAUGACCGACCUGGCAAAAAAUGAUAUGGAUCUCCACAGCAAGCAAAGCAAAGUCAAAGAUGACACUAACAACAAUAUAGUGAAUUUCAAAAACAGUGAAGAUUUGAAGAACUGCCCUAUGAAGCAAGGCAACACAUCAGAUUGCUCUACAUUGAACUAUCCUUGUGUGGCCUGUGAUAGGGGCUGGGACUGUGUGUAUGGGGCAGAUACAAAUUACACUUGUAGGGUCAACACCAAUGUGGUUUGCAAUGGCCUAAAAACAUUUAACAGAACAGCAAUGUGUCGUUUCUGUUACCAAACUGAGAAGUGGGAGCACCGAUGUGAUCAGAAAGCUAACUGCAACUCCUUGGCUUCACCCACUAAAUACUAUUUGACCAACUGCACAGUGUCAGAUGACGUUUUAUGCUUGGGAAAGCGAAAGUUCCUUAAAAAGAUACGUUGUUCUUGGACAUCUGGCACACGAUGGGGCACAGCGCUGAUAUUAGCGCUCACCCUUGGCGGGUUCGGCGCCGACAGGUUUUACCUCGGACACUGGCAGGAGGGGAUAGGAAAACUGUUUAGCUUUGGAGGCUUAGGAGUGUGGACAUUGGUAGAUGCGCUGCUUAUAGGCAUACACCAUCUCGGUCCUGCCGAUGGAUCUGUUUAUAUAUAAGUUUAUUGUUUUAAUUUUAUGUAACUUAUUAUUUCUUAAUGUAAUAAAAAUAUAGAAAGUU